GGAAGUAUGAAAGCCUCACAGUUUGGUGAAAUUAUACAGUAUAUAUGAUAUCCUCAAUUUAAAAAUUUACACGUUAAUUAAAAAACAUAAAUAUUUCUUUAAAUAUUCAUUAUUAAUCAACACAGCUGCCACAGAAUAACUGAUAACAUCCUUGAUACAUUAUUUUCUGUGUGUAAUUCUAACAUGAUGAACGCUGGGGUUUAGAAGAAGAAAUACUGAAAUACAAGACUGUUGAUGGUGGUGUGUUGGUGCUUGUGUGGAGCAGAGAUGACCAUGAGGACAGGCAGAGUGAGGAGGGAGACAGAGGGGAGGGGAAGCUUGGAGGAAAAAAACCGGGGACUGCCCAUGGAGGAUGGGCGGAGCAGUAAGCAUGCGCUGAGGUGGCAGGCAGGCUCUGGGCUGGUCCUGACGGGCUGGCUGCGCUCCGGGCGGAUGUCUGUGCGCGUCAGACGGUGGUGGGGGAGACAGCCAUCCGCACUCAGCGCCUCCUUGAGUGCUUAGAAGAAGAAGAAGAAGAGGAAAACAACAACAAACAAAAACCCGGGGAUUACUGCGCGAACUGGUGUACCUCCGCGUCUGGAAACUCACCGAAGAAGAAGAGGGUCCUUCUCAUCCAGCCCACACCCCGUCGCCAACCCGCGCUGUCUUUUCUACCCACCACUUCGUGCCAUCCCUCUGGUCUGAACCGCCCUCCCACCUCUCCUGGGGGAACCACGACCACCCAUAGGAAAGCCCCCCAACACACAUACACACUUGACCAGCGUUGCCAUUAAGCGAUGCGCUUUGAGUUCUGGACGAAAUCACCUUUAUGCCCUUUUGGUGCACGACCCAAGCAGUGGUCUUCAUUCCUCCUCAGCGGGAACAGUUCAGGCUGUGGAUUCAGGUGUUUACACUUUCUGACCAGUGGUAAUAAAACAUGCAACAGUGUCCUCCUGCGACAACACGAGGCUGUCAUAGAGUAGUCUUUAUUUAAACAACCGGCUGUCACAUACGCCGGGUUUCAUCUUUUAUGUAGGAUAUAUAUAUAUAUAUUUUUGCAAGUUUAAAUCCUGACAAUGGUCUGGGAACAGACCGCUUCUACAGAGACCUGUAGUUCUUUUUCAAGACGUGUCAGCAGCGUUAUGUUCCGGGUUUUAAUCUGAAGAAAAGGCGACAAAUUGACGAGGAGUCGUUUCGCACCGGCGCGGUUGGAGCAGAAGUUUCUCCGCGCGAGCAGAGACGUGGACCGACAUCUCGGCCAUAAUCCACGGCAUUUCCCCCACCUUGUGAGUUGGGAGGUCAGCGGGUUGCAGUCAUGUUGUCCCUGGAUGAGCCCCUGGACCUGAAACUCCCUCGUCGGGCAAAUGGGAAGGACAGAGGUGCGCACUCUACUCCACUCUUGUUGCACCCCCAGCGUAGUCGUCAACUCCACAUGACAGAUGAUGGGACGGCUGUUAUAGAGCCUGCGUCACCAGCAUCUCCACACUCAGGUGUGCAGGUGGUCCCUCAUGAUCGAGCAGAUACCCCAACUCCUCCUGCAGUGGACUUAAGCAUGUCUCCCUCCUCCCGCCACACUCCCAGCUCUCCAGAAAUGAACAACUAUGUACCCUCAGGGGCAUUUCAGUUUUUUGUGCCAAUUGGACCUGGGGCAGGACUUCAUCUGCCAUCUUCUAUGUUUAUUGGCCAAACAAACGAUAAGAGGGCCUCUCCCGACCUCUCAGCAGAUGAACAACUGGCUUGUCGCUGGAAGAAGUGUCACCUCCUUUUUGACUCCUUACAAGAUCUAGUGGACCACGUCAACGACUUCCACGUCAAACCUGAGAAAGACUCUGGGUACUGCUGCCACUGGGAGGGCUGUGCUCGAAAAGGGAGGGGGUUUAAUGCCAGAUACAAAAUGCUCAUUCACAUUCGCACUCAUACCAAUGAGAAACCCCACCGGUGUCCCACCUGCAACAAGAGCUUCUCACGCCUGGAGAACCUCAAGAUACACAACCGCUCACACACAGGUGAAAAGCCCUACAUUUGUCCUUAUGAGGGUUGCAACAAGCGCUACUCCAACUCCAGCGACCGCUUCAAACAUACACGCACACACUAUGUAGACAAGCCCUACUACUGCAAGAUGGUGGGCUGCCUGAAACGUUACACGGAUCCCAGCUCUCUGAGGAAGCACAUCAAAGCGCACGGCCACUUUGUGGCUCAAGAGCAGGGCUCCCCAGGUGGAGUGGGCUCGCUGCUAAAGGGAAGUCAGAGCGGAGGGCUUGCUACAGGCGAUGGUGAUAAGAAUUCAGAGUUGUCCUAUUUGAGCGGAGCCCAUAUAAUCAUCCCCGGAGCAGCAGCGGCUCUUCUGGGAGGCCAUACCAUGCAAGGUCUGGGUAGUACCCUGCCCCUGUCCCCCCUCAGUUCCAGGCCCCUGGACCUCAGCACCCUGGGGACCUCCAACUCCCCUCCAACCAGCUUGGGAGGCACAUCCAUCUUGUCCUUUAAUGGUUCACCCCUGGGCCUGGCCAAGGCUCCUUUGCUCUCCCCGCCGUUUCCCUCGUCAAUCCUCGGACUGCCAAUGGUGUCGAUGCCGGGGGCUGUGUCGGAGCGCAGGGUCCAGAGCCACCUAACAAAGAAAGGCACAGGAGAGGAAGCCGAGGACGAGGUGCCUGGGGGGGUCCUAAACCUCUCAACUGGAGGGUCUCAUGAUCCGCUGUCCUGGGUGGUCAUUCCCCCAGGUGCUGUGGUGCUGAAGCCAGCUGUAGUCAACUGAUACCACCUCCAACCCCCCAACACACACACACAUACACACACACAUUCCAGAAGAGCUCAGGGGGUCAAAAAGGAGGGUCAAUGCCAUAGUGAGAGAAUAAGAGGUCAAAGAAAGAGGCUUGCACAAUCAGUUCCAGGCAGUGCAUUGUGGUUAAGUGUUUUUAAAAGUGAAAUCACCUAUCAGAUAAAUACAAGCCCUCACAUCUUUUAAAUAUAAAACUUAUACAACGCAAGCCUCUUGUUUCGUUGAAAAACGUAACUCGGGGCCCAAGAACUGUCUUCAGGAACUUGUAGCGUCCUGUCUUAAUAUCACAAGGCCUUACAAACAGGCUCCUUUUUGCUUUCUCAUUUUAUACUUUAUCCAUUCCUGCUGGUUCUGUGGACAGGGACCAUAAAUGCGACGGUCUUAGCGCUCCUUGUUCCUGCAAAAGUCCUCGUUAUUAGAUAUUUAUAUGACCGUACUUUGACAGCGUGCCUCCAGCUUAGCAGUGAGAUACAAACACCACGAAUGAAGCACUCACAGUUAGGCAAAUGUGCAUGUAAUAGGAAGAUAUUUCAUAUUUUUAAAGGUUUUUUUUGCAGGUUGAUGUGAAUAAUCUAAAUCAGACAAGCUUGCUGAACCAAAGCAAGUGAACUCAGACUUUCCUGGAUUUGUCCAGAGGACAGGUCAGCUAAACGGAGCACUUAAUGGUGUCAACUGGUUAAAGUAUUGAAACCUCAAAACUGCUGCUAACCUCUCUGCUCCUCCAGUGCAACAUAAUAAACUGGGAAAGAGCACUUUUUUUUUGACAAUCUGUCCCCGGUUUGGGGAGGGUGAUCAACACAGACCAGACUAGUCCACCAGAAUAUGUGCCAGGUGUGCAGACUAGAGGCUUUUAGGAUUUAGACUUUUCUGAUGUCUUACAGACCGAUGGUGUUUCACCACUUGACAAAUGAUCAUCAUUUCCUCUUUCCUCACAUUUCAAAGAAUAGUUGAGAUCUUUUAAAGUUAAGUUUUGAGGAAAGGCUGUGAGUAUCUUACAUGUUGGUGAUAAAUGUGAAAGAUUUCACUUUAGAGAAAAAAAACUUUUAAUUUGGAUAGGUUUGAAAAGCUAAAGGCUAGUCCAGUGGGCCAGAUAAAUACUAUUUUAUGAAACAAGUUCACCGCUGCCAGUUUGUGGUUAUUCCAGCAAAAGUUGACGAUAUUCCUGUUAAAAUGUCUCAGGCUGCACAGGAAGUGCUGUAGCCCAGCUGUUAUUAGCUUGCAAAUAAAUUAUCAACAUCAAAUGCAUAAAUAAAAACUAAUUUAUAAUGAAAAUAUGCUAUACAAGAUCUAAAUAAAGCGUUUAAAAAGAACGCACAUAAAUAAUGCCACUAUAAUCAAAAGCAUUUAAAAUGUUAUAAACAGCAUUCUCUUGAACAACUUGGAAAUUUUUUUUUGAAGUUUGAAUUUUUUUAGGACGGCAGGAGUCCACUUUGGUCUUGGCCUCACUCAGACCAGCAGUUACCUCCUCAGUCUAGCCAAAAAGUAAUUGUGUUUUCUUCAAAAUGAUGUCAUUCAAAGAGCUGUCUACAUAAAGGAAUAUAUCUGAAGUUCAUAACUUUUCCACAGAACUCUGCUUCAGAAGAUCUGAACUAUUGUUUUUAAAGCACCGGUGUGUCUGACUCCCCCCUCUGGCAAGACGUGAGAAACAUCCUGACUUAUAGAACUCUCCCCGUUUGGCUCAAGGAUUGUCCAGCUGUUUUACCGUAAUUCAGUCAACACAACCAGUUUGUGUAUAAAAGGGUCUCAGUGGUGCCAGGCGCUACGAUCUUUUAUUUAGAUUUAUUUAUUUUUUACUAAACUGACCUUAAACCAGCUGUAAGAAACAGGUGCUGGUCAACACACCAGUUUUGCCUCAAUCAGAAAGAUCCCGUUGUGACAAAAUGAGCUGAAAGAGACAAAAAGGAUGUUCACGUCGUGUCAGAGAGGUGAGGGGAGAAGUGAUGCACUCACUGCUGCUUACAGCUGGACUGACAGGAAGCCACACUUUUCCAAACUGCCUCAUUUAAUCCUGUCUGAAGGAGCAAAAAAAGACAAAAAAAGUAUUCUGAGAAACUUCUUAUGGUUCGAUUAAACAGUCAACAUGCACUUACUAAACAAUUUAUAAAAUGUUGCUUUAGAGUAAGUUCUUUAAAAAAACGGUUUGCUCCUAUUUCAUUUUUCUGUAAGAUAUGUUGUUGUUGGGUGGGGGUUUGCUCCUGCAUGUGUGUCUGCCAUGUAGGAGAGGAUGAGGAGCAGGAGAGUUUCUGACAACAAACAAUCCCCGUCACUCCUCUCUUUCCUGUUCCCAUCUUAUUGUUUCACUCAUCUUAUUUUUCCAUUGCCCUCUCUUAUCUGAUUGAUCCACCUAUAACUGUUUUAUAUUUUGUCUUUUUUGUUUUGUUUUUGCUGUUCAGACGAAACAUUGUCUUGUGAUGUUGAUGUUGCUUCUUGUGUUCCGCAAUGGCUGCUCUGCACUCAGCUUUCUGCUGUCCAGCUCGGGUCCUUAAGGGGGUGGGAAUCAAGGAGAGCAGGAACGAUUUGAACCUUUUCUCUGAAGCAGUGGUUAAACAACAUGAUGUUUGGACACCAGAGGGGUCAGUUAGAUAAAAACAAUUUUUUAAAGCCAACUUUCUGGUGAAAAUUUCUGUGUUUUCCUUAAAUACAGACACAAGUUUGAAAUUUAUUACUAAUUAUACCUUAAAAAAGGUAGUAAUUGUCUCCAAACGUUUCUCUUCAUUACACUUCAGAUGAUUUGUUGACAUGUCCAAAUCAUGAUGAUACAAUGCGGUUAUAGGCCAUAAAUAAACUCUUGUGAUAUUUUUAGAAGCCAAUACCGUUGAAACCACUGUUCUGAGAGGUAAAUAAGAUUUAUGUGAAAAUCUGGUGGGUGAACUGAUAUUACAUUCCUCCUUCACAAUUAUAGAUUAAAUUAAAACUAAGAUCCAAAUGGAUAAUUGAGCUUUUUUUCAUCUGCAUCUAAACUCCCCUUGAUGCGUUUUAUCUUGUUUUAACCCUAAAAAAGAGCUACUGUGCAUCGACUGUCAGUAUAGAGGAGUUUGAGAGCAAAGAGAACCGGUGAACGGACGGGGAUAGAUGAGGGCAGAGGCUGGGAGCCAGCAGAGAAAGAAAAAGCAAAGGAUUACCGUCCUGUGCCACCUACCCAGCAAAUGGUCCUCUCAGCUCUGAAGCCAACUGUGCUGUGCCCAGUGUGACAGCCGCUCAGACAUACCAGCAUGCAGGAAAAUAGGUCACUGAACUCUUCCUGCCCUCGGUUUUUCUUUUUUAUUCCCCCUUUAGAAUAAACACUUAUUGUCCCUCUGCCUGACAGCGAAGACUUUCUGCAAAAUCAAAAUAGGGACCAAAAGAAAAGUCAACCUUCAGGUUCUUAGACUGAAGGGAUGAACAGAACAUGUGUGACCCUGCUGGUCCGUCUCCGGCUUCAGGGCUGGUUCUGAAAUUAUUUACCCGUGAAUGAACAGGCCUGGCCUGUGAUGUCAUCAGAAGCAGGCGUUAGGUAAGCCGGACACGGUCUCCAUGGCAACAGUGAAACCCACAGAUGUGGCGGCUCUCCUCCUCCUCCUCAGUGUCUGUCUCUCCUCUGCUGGUCGAAGCAGGGACAGAGACUCGACGUCUGACAGCAGAAACCUGAACACGACACGGAUCCUCACAGGGUCCACAAGAGUUCAAUAUUAAAUAAAUAAGCUGUAUGAUCCAUUAACCCUUUGAGCUCUCAGCCUGUAAUAAACUGCACUUUUCCUCCCCUUGUAGACCAUAUAGAUGUGGGGAUUUUAUUGUUUUUUUCUAUCUUUUUAAUAGUCUUUAUGGGAACCAUGAACAAUUUUUGUCAAUUUAAAAGGUUUGAAUUCAAAUAUAUUUUCUGCUUGUAAGUGGUACGUGUUCCUGAAGCUGUAACCCUCACACUAUCAUAAAUAAAACAGCUUAAAUCCAGGACACAAACUAACCUGGUUAGCAUCAUCUAAAGAGGCUACCUUUGUUGGAAGUGGCACAAAGUUGCACAAAGGGUUAAUGACAAGACUAAGGCCACACAAGGCUUGUUCAAGUUAUGUUUUUGCACAUGUGUGAGAUAUUUCAGUAUUUUAAGUUUUUUUUUCCAAGUGCCUUUUUAUUAUAGGUAAAUAUAGAACACUAUAUGAAAAAAAAAAGGAUUAUAUGAAAAUAUAUUUUUCCUGGCAUCAUGUUCUGUGGUUGAACAUGCAGAAUUUUAGUUGUGAAAGUCUCCAAUUGGUACAACAUAGCUGUGUUCUCCUGUUUUAGAGGAAUUUUAUUACGAUAUUGAUAUAAAUGUCAAUGAAAUCAAGAAAUGUUUAAUAAAAUUGCAUUUGAUA